CUUUCAAGGCCGUUUUUACAAACCUCAACGCCAGUGGAAGAAUUGGACCAAUAACGCUGGGCAGUCACUACACAGGACAGGAUCAUGACGGACAAGUUACGCUGUCCAGCGGUGUUCAGCAGUGGACUGUGCCGUACACUGGUGACUACAGAAUAAAAGCAAUAGCAGCCGCAGGAGGGUACGAUGGACGCACUAACAGCGCUCAGUACCGAGGAAGAGGAGCAAGAAUGAUUGGAACGUUCCGCUUAAACAAGGGUCAAGUCAUUCAGAUACUUGUUGGUCAAGAAGGAGGAAUAAACACGCACUAUUACUCUUCUGGAGGUGGUGGAGGAACGUUUGUGGUGAGAGGAGCCAACACACCUUUAAUAAUAGCUGGGGGCGGCGGAGGAGUAUGUGGAGUUAGGUCUAAAUAUGAAGGAUGUGACGCCAGCACGAACACAACAGGGAAUCCUGGAUACAAAUCAUGGUCAGGGGGGAGCAAUGGACGUGGUGCACAGACUGCCGAUGAUGGUGAUUCAGGUGGUGGUGGUGGCGGGUUUUACUCCAGUGGAAGAAGUGGAAAGAAUUUUAAUGGAACCAAAGGAUAUGGUGGAGAAGGCGGUAAGGGGUUUAUUCAGGGAGGGGUGGGUGGAAGAGCUAGGUAUAACGAUGUAGAUGGUGGGUUUGGUGGAGGUGGUGGAGCUUAUGGAGUGAUAGGAGGAGGAGGAGGAGGAGGAUACUCUGGGGGAGGCAGUGGAAAUAAUGGUGUUGACACCUGUGGUGGUGGGGGAGGCUCUUACAACGAUGGAAACAACCAGGACAAUGAAUGUUGUUACAACAACGCUGGUCAUGGUCAAGUGACUAUUACGUUCCUGGAGUAAAAAAAGUUUAUCUAAUGUGAUAAUGGCACUUAGUAUUGAGCUCUCAUUGAUUGACAUUCUAAUUGACUGAUAGCACUCAGUUAAAGUGCCAAAUAAAAUGUAACUGUCUAAUUUUUCAACCUUCUGUGAAACACGAAAGUCACCCAUGUUAUUUUUCAUUUAGUUUACUUUUAGCCAUCUUUUCUUUCGUUCAUCUAUUACAUUAACUGAGCUCGGUGCUUUUUUUAGAGUUGAAAAGUAAAAUAGGGUUCUAAAACCUGGGAU